AUGGACGUAGAUGCCCAGAGGUGCAGGAAGCAUCGCAGGAGACCGAGGGCUCUACUAGAGAUGCACAGUCCCCACGCCGUACGGGACGAGGAGAGCGGGGGCGAGGACGAGGCGGGAAAGGGUCGUAAACCGAGGUGGCUGGAGACCCACAUCUGGCACGCGAAGAGGAUGCACAUGAAGCAUGCCUGGGGCUUCGUGCUUCCUGCCGAGAGCAACAGGGGCCCACGGGCGGCGGUCGAAGCCGCCCUCAAGCAUUGCACCCUUCAGGACCUGACCUUCAUGCGCCCGCUAGAGCUGCGGGGGCCCCGGUGGUGCAUCCUAGGGGCUCUUUCCGCAGUCACGGACCCCCUGGACUCGAGACCGAAGCAACAGAGCUGCGUCGACGGCUUUGUCGAGGCCCAUACGCAUCUCUACAGAACGAACGAGUUCCCGCUCGGUUGUGUCGCGCCCGUCACGGUCUUGUGGGCCCCAUCCGACUCCGCCGCCACCGCCAAUGACGAAGACGCCAGAACAAACGACCGCGACACCGACGGCAAGAAUGGCACGUCGGCACCCGAAGCAGGUGGCGACGGCGGCGGCGGCGGCGGCGGGCGAGCUACAGAGGGGAGAGAGGAGGGGGGUACGGGGGGGACGCCGGAUGGGCUGGAAGAACGACAAGAAGAUGUUCGUCGCGUGUGGGUGUGGGUGCACCCUGCGGCGGCGAAGGAAGCUCUACGGGAGAUUAGGAAGGCGUGUGAUCUAGAGGGGUCGCCUUGGCAGGGUUGUGUGCAGGCGGGACCCGUGCCGGGUGGACUUUGCCGGCUGCGAGUCAGGGGUGCCCGAUCGCACGAAACCGUGCAGCGGGUGCUACAAACAGCGGCGGCAACAGCGGCACUAGCACCCGCAGCAGGCGACGACUAUGAAGGCGCCGCUCGGGAGAACGCUGGCCACUGGCGAGCGCUAGGUGCCUCUCCGGCGAAGAGCGACGGCAGGGGAAACAACAACAACAACAACGGCGUCCCACGGGAAAUUCCGUCGGGGUCCGUGCUGGCGAUCACCGCUCUCGAUCCGCGCCAGCAACCCAAGAACGGCAGCGUCAGAAGCAGUUGCCAGGGCCCUGAAUCUGGUAGAUCUAGAGACUCCGUCGCGUCCAGCAGCAGUGGCCAGGGCCCUGAUUCGGCCGGGUCUAGAGACUCAAAGGGUGCGGCUUCGGCGGCAGCGGCGGCAGCGGCGGCGGCGGCGGCGGCGGCGGCGGCGGCGGCGGCGGAGCAAUGGCCUCCGCGGUUAGCGGCGGUCUCCCCCCUCUGGGACCCCGACGCCCGAGCCCUCGCCGCCCCUCGCCCGGACCACGUCAUCAACGAGCACCGGCGCCGGGAACGGGCGCGGGAAUCGUGGCAUGGCGAAAAAUCUACCGCCGCUGGGAAGGACACCGGACCCCCGGGGGAGGAAUGCGUCGGCCGGAGCGGCGGCACCCCCGUGAUCCUCGUGUCCGCUUCCGGGGUUCCGACGACGGCACACGGGCAGCCGGCGGCGCCGACGACAAGGGCGAGUCUGUUCAGCGGAGACAGGGGGAGCGGCGGCGGCGGCAGCGGCGGUGGGAAGGAGGCAGAGAGGAAGCGGCAGGCCCUCGCGGCCGGGUGGGACAUCGUGCUGUCUCCAGGAUGGGCACCGGUGUUCUUCGGCGCGCUGGUCAUGGCCGGUGCUAGGGCCAUCUCCCUCGAGGGUGCGGACGGCCUGAUGCUUGAGGCCGGCGAGCCGCGCUUUCCGGCAGACUUCCCGGGCACGGCAUCAGGCCGCCGCCACUGGGACGACGUCGGGCGGCAGGCGGAAGAGGCGUGGAAGAGAGCCCGUCCGAAACACAGAGGCUUCAAGCGGCCCGCUCUUCCCCCUCCUCCUGAGGCUCCAUCACUACCGCCGCCGCAGUCGGAGCGUGGGAAAGGCGUCACUGCUACCGCUGGGGACCGGAGCGGGGCAACGGCGGGGUCAGAAGAGAUGGCAGAGAAGGCUGCGGGAGAGGAAGGACACCAGCGGCGGCAGAAUCUCGCCCCGAAGCCAUCCUCGUUGCCGUUGCGGUGGUUCCGACCGGACUUCCGCUCCCUCGCGGGAGCUGGGGGCACUCCUUCCACCGGGGCAGAGUCGACCGACAGAAACGGUGACGUCGGCGACGGGGACGGCUCAGCGGCCGCCGACGCCUCCGUCGUCGCCUGGAGACCCCAAGAGGAGCGCGAGGCUUACGCGGUGGCGCGAGGGUUUCAGUAUGUACGGGCGUUUUUGCCCGACGUCGAAGAGGAGCACCGAGAAACCGACGUCUGCGACGAGGAUGAUGAUGGCGACGGAGGGAACCGAUUGUCGAUGGAUUUCCCGCCGCCGCCGCCGCCGCCGCCGCCGCCGCCGCCGCCGCCACCGCUUCAGCUCGCGCUCCCGACGGUCCUGGAACUUGUGAUUGUACUGGACAAAGGCGUUCCCAAGGCGGGCGCGCCGCUCCACGCCGCUUCGCCCAAGCACCACGCCCUGUGGAUGCAGGGCAGGCGGAACGGGAAGCCGUGGCCAGGCCUCUCUGCCAAGGACGCGCUUCUCGCCGCCGUCGGAUCACCCUGCGGUGACUUAUCAGCAACGGCGGCGAUAGGCGCGGUCACCUCGGGAGGGGUUUCGUAUCUCCGAGGCGUUGGAGUGGGGAGGGGGGUUUGUGAAGCGGUCACUGUCCGCGACGCCCUCUUGGCGUCCCUUUUUAGUUGUCGGCAGCAACGGGGAAGUGGCGGCGGGGGCGGGGGGGGUACGCGGCAGUGGGGGCAGCAGCGGCGGGUGUGGGCGUUAGUUCUUGUCGGGAAUGAGGCCGGUGACUGGUUUAGGCCUGCCGUAGCUUUUGUGGCCGGCACAUAA